AAGACGAGUACAUUGCAAUAUGUAACAUGUGUAAUAACAAGACAUUGUCAGCUGAAAUCAGCGUACUCACGAGACAUAAAGAGACAGCUACUCAUAUCGAUAAUGCAAAAAAAUUUAGCUGUUCAACAUCAAGAAAAACACAGCAGUCAAUUGUUAGUGCUUUUCAGAAUAGGCCGCAAACACUUUUUGAAAAUGAUAUGACCAAAAUUUCUACCAUAAAACUGGCUGCUUUCGUCGCUGAACACAGAAUAUCUUCAAACACUAUGAACCAUCUCACCGAUUUAUUACCCCAAUUGUGUCCCGAUUCUAAAAUAGCUAAAAACAUAAAAUUAAAAAGAACAAAAGUACAAGCUGUAAUAAACAAUUGUAUAGGAGCAUCCGAAAAGCAAAGUUUAAUAAAAGAUUUAACAAUUCAAAAGUUUUCAAUAUUAAUUGACGAAAGCACAGACAUCAGUGUUAUAAAAACUGUAGCUGUUGUAGUGAGGUAUUUCGAUUCAAAUCUGGGCCAAGUAAUCAGUCGUUUUUGGGAUUUGAUCCAAUUAUUUGAUGCAAGUACAACAGAUCAUUCAGCUAAUGCUGAAAAAUUAUUUACAAUAGUCGUCGAUUCCUUUCAAAAACAUUCCAUCCCUUUGGAAAACAUAAUCGGUUUUGGUUCUGAUGGUGCCAAUACUAUGAUAGGCUGCCGAAAUUCUGUCGCCAGCCGAUUCCGGAACCUUUGUCCAGGAAUCAUCAUAUUGAAGUGUAUUUGUCAUUCUUUGCAUCUUUGCGCCAACGAUGCCACCAAAGAACUUCCUUAUACCUGUGAAAAACUGGCCCGAAAUAUAUAUAAUUAUUUUAAAACCAGUAGCAAAAGACAAAGUGAAUUUGUGGCUUUUCAACAGUUUGCGGAAGUAGAGGUGCAUCGAAUUCUACGGCCUGCACAAACUCGUUGGCUUUCACUAAAUGCCGUAAUUGACCGAAUAUUGGAACAGUGGGACGCAUUGCGCCUCUACUUUGAUGCAAAAUGGCUUACAGACUCAGAAUGCCAAGAAAUCCAUACCCAUCUCAACGACCCUGUGAUAAAAGCAUAUUAUUAUUUCUUGGGAUGGAUGUUACCUAAAUUCACCGCAGUAAAUAGUUACUUCCAAAGUGAAUCUGUAGUGAUCACUAAAUUAAAUAUAAAAAUGACAGCUUUGUAUAGAGAGUUAAUUCAGUUAAUUUUUCCUGUUAGCUAUAUAAAUUCAAUUGCUAUAGAAGCGAUUGAUCCGACUGAAGAAAAAAAUCACAAAGAAUUAAAGGAUAUUUAUCUAGGUCUUGGAGUUCAGAAGCAGUUAGAACUGAUUAAAGAAGAUCGAAAGGAAAUAUUCCGGCAAAAAUGUAAACAAUUUAUAAUUAAAGCGUGCACAGGCAUCCGGAAGAGAUAUUCAAUAAAUGACACAAUUAUGACAGCUAUAUCAAACUUUGAUCCAGUAACUUGUGUUUCUGAAGAAAGGCUAGAAAGCCUUGCACCUAUAUUUACGCUACUUCCAAGAUUGAUACCAGAGACGUUAAAUGAACAGCAGGAACUCGAUGACGAAUGGCGCAGGCUACUUAUUCACUUACCAAAAGAUUUAGACGCAAGUCAGCAUCCCCCUGAUAAAUUUUGGCAUCAGGUUGCGCAAAUAACUAUAGAUAACAGAAAGGUUUUUAAGCAACUACCGUCUUUCAUGCUCGGAAUGUUGUCUUUGCCGCACUCUAAUGCUGAAUGCGAGCGUAUAUUCAGCAAGGUGAACGACAUUAAAACAAAAAAACGCAAUAAAUUAAUAACCCGCUCUAUAAAAGGGAAUCUUUUAACGCAACAGUCCAUAAAAAGGCAUGGACAAAACUGCAUUAAUUUUAAUCCAGAUCAGGAAAUGCUGAAAAAAUUAAAUAAGAACAUUUAUGAAAAUGAGGAACUGUUAGUAUCAGAUUCAGACUAAUUUUUACUAAGAAAUUAUGUUUAUGUUAAUAUUAUUUAUGUUUGUAAC